CCCUCUCAUCUUAAAUAUAAUGGAAAUUGUAGCAAAAACUCCCAACAACUCACUCUCAUUGCCAUGGAGAACAAGAAUUCACCUUCGUGUUCUAGCCUUCGCAAUCGACCUAGCUUGCCGUGCAAAUGGCACGGUGAACCGCAUACUUAUGAACCUUUUCCAAACCAAGAUCCCGCCUACAUUGAAACCUAUUGACGGUCUCAAGACAUACGACGUGGUCGUGAAUCCAAACCUAAAUAUUUGGUUUCGCGUAUACAUCCCUAUAGAACAUGCUAUUGAAGAUCUCCCGUUGAUUGUGUUUUUUCACGGUGGUGGAUUUGCCUUCCUUGCCCCUAACGUGAAAUUAUACGAUGAAACGUGUCGCAACUUUGCUAGAAAAUUGCCUGCCAUUAUUAUUUCUGUUGAUUAUCGUCUUGCACCUGAACACCCGUAUCCUGCACAAUAUGAUGAUGGAAUUGAUGUGUUGAAGUUUUUGGACGACGAAGAGAAUAGAUCAAUAUGUUUACUACAAAAUGCGAAUUUUUCACGUUGUUUUGUUGCUGGAGAUAGUGCUGGCGGAAACAUAGCUCAUCAUGUUGCUCAAAGAGCCUGCCAGACCAAAUUCAAACAACUCAAGGUGAUAGGCUUAUUGGCAAUCCAUCCGUUCUUUGGUGGAGAGAAGCGAACAAAUUCUGAAAAACAACUUGACGGGCGGGUGCCUAUGUUGACAACAAAGAGGACAGAUUGGUUUUGGGAUGCAUACUUGACCCGAGGUGAAGGCUGCAACCGUGAUCAUCCAAGCAUCAAUGUAAGUGGCCCACAGGCGGUGGACAUAGCAAAAUUAAGCGACUUUCCAGAAACCUUGGUGGUUGUGUCUGGGUUUGAUAUUCUACAUGACUGGCAAAAAAAGUACUAUGAGUGGCUGAUACAUUCUGGAAAACAAGCACAAUUAGUCGAAUACCCAAACAUGUUUCAUGAUUUUUUUUGGUUUCCAGAGUUACCUGAAACUAACCAAUUUUAUUUGGAUGUCAUAGACUUUGUUUACAAUGUUUUUAAUAAGGUAUGAUAUAUAUGUUGGGAUUUGUAUCCAUGUUUAAUAAUGAUUGAAUAUAUAUUUGUAGGUUAAU